AUGGGGGACGUUGCACAGGUGAAGGUCGUCUUCACCACCACUGAGCAGGAUUUGGUACUCCCAGACUCUAAACAACAAUUGCUCGUGCCUGCAGAUAUUAAACGAUAUGGCCUCUCUCGCAUUCUCAACUCCGAGUCUAUGCUCGAUACCUCCUCUCCUAUACCCCUCGACUUUCUCGCCAAUGGCACAUUUCUCCGAACUUCUAUCGAAGAGUAUCUUGCAAAAAAUGGUCUUUCAUCUGAAUCCACCCUGACUUUGCAGUAUGUUCGAAGCCUGCUUCCUCCGGUUUACGAAGCGAGCUUUGAGCAUGACGACUGGGUCGGAGGUAUAGACCUCCUAUCCGCCACUUCACGAGCAGGCCUUCUGGCUGGUGGUGGUAACAUCCCCGAACGAGUUGCGAGUGCUUCCUAUGACGGCCUCGUUAGAGUCUGGAACCCUUCUGGAGACGCAAUCGCAGUGUCUCCUGCUGGUCGAGCUGGUGGUCACACGCAGCGAGCGAAUGCGGUUAGGUGGAUCUCACAGAAGCAGCUGGCUUCAGUUGGCCUGGAUCGCAAGGUUAUUGUCUGGGACUAUAGCGAGUCCGAGGAUGGUUUCUCUGGUGUCCUCAAGUCCAGCAUGGAACUCUGGGGUCAUGAGAAGGAAAUCAACAGUCUUGACAUUAACGGAGCCACUAAGCGCAUUCUCACAGCAUCAUCGGACGGUAAAGUUGGCCUUUGGACAUCGUCAAAAAGAACAGCUCCCCAAGCGGACCCUGAGAGCUUGCCUUCUGCGCAUAGCACGAAGCGAGCCAAGCUUGCAAGUGCCGCCAACACUGCACAGCGUGGCCCUCUUGCUUUGAUCCUUGUCCAUGAUGAGCCUGUGACUGCUGCCAUCUUUCAUCCCAACGACGCAACGGUCGCCUAUUCGGCAUCCAAAGAUCAUACUGUUCGCACUAUUGACUUAACAACCCAGCGCGAGGUCAGCCGACUCACUACCAUGCACCCACUAUUAUGCGCAACGGCGCUCCCCGGAUCCUCGCUUGUUGCUGCUGGUUCGUCGGCCCGACAUAUUACCCUCCUCGACCCCCGCGAGUCAGCUACUACUACCUCAGCCAUGACACUCCGCGGGCACGUUAAUAUGGUUGUUUCUUUGGCGCCUUCACCCGAAAACGAUCACUCGCUUGUUUCUGGCUCUCACGACAGUACAUGCCGUGUGUGGGAUCUUCGAAGCGUGCGGAUGGGUACAUCGGAAGAGGGUGGCGGCAGCGUCAGUGAGCCAGUGUACACCAUAGGCCGAGAGUGGCUUAAGGGCAAGAAGCUCCCCGCCGCUGGUGAUGGAGCCAAGGUGUUGGGUGUGGCCUGGGAUCAAUCCUGGGGUAUUGUGAGUGGUGGUGAGGACAAGAAGGUUCAGAUCAACAGAGGCCGUAAUCUGUUUGGGCCAGGAUCAUAG